AUGAACCACCCCAGCUUGGCGGAAGGCAGAGGGAUGGAUGGAACAGCACGCACAGAACCUCCUAGGAUGCGCAAGAGGCAGCGUACAGAGGAUUGGGACGCCCAGGGAGAGCCGCAAUCAUUCCAACUCACAGCACCGAUCCCAUUCACGAUCCCGUGCUGUACUCCACUACUCCCACACCUUCGAGCGGUCCAUCAAACUUUUGAACAUUCCCUCAGGCUCAGGAUUGAAUCGCUCAUUUGGCCAGAGUCUAUCUUUCCGGGAGAUAUUUGUUAUUGUCCGAUACGGCUACAGCCUUGGAUUCAUUUUCCACGACUGCAGGAAGAAGUGUGGAACAAGCUCCUGAAUAUCUCUAGCUUUGCCGAUGCAGCUAUCUUCCCCGAUGACAAUGCACUCAGACCGAUUGCUCAGAUAGUCGACUGCUGGGCCUCCGUUUUCUCGGAAAAUACCUUGAAGUACUUCCAACACAGAACAGUCGACGACUUUCUCAUAUUGAUUAUUCGUGCUUUGGGUAACGACCACAAACUGGCACCUCUGUUCAACAUCCAGGGAGAACUGGUAUUCGACCGUCCAGGGGCUUAUGGCUUGUCCAUUGGAGAUAUGGGAUUCGAACAGCCAAUUUGCGCAAUGCUGUACAUCCCGUCAUACUGGCUGACUGUCCCUGAGCUCGUCGCGGGGCUGCACGCGAUGGAAACGUAUCAUUGCUUGCGGAAGAAGCCCGAUACUUACCAGGAACAUGCUACCGCCAUGGUCGUCCAUGCGAUCAUUCAGGUCUUCACCAGAAUGAUUUCCGCUGGUGUUCACCGCGGAUACAUCUGCACUGGAGAGGCCUUUGUCUUUGUCAACAUCCCGCCAAAAGAGCCAAUUGUGCUAGAGUACUAUCUCUGUGUCCCGGGGCAAGACGUCCCCUCCCAUGCAGUUGAUGCGGAUUCAAAGUGGGUUCGUCGCACGGCAUUAGGCCAAGUACUCGCUUUCACAUUGCAAUUGUUAUCUGCCUCCGAACCUUCUCAGGAAUGGCACGAUAAAGCCCACAGCUCCCUGCAAGUCAGUCAGGAGAUUUAUUCCAGCCUUAUGCCCAAAGAUCCGGAUCAGAGCCGGUUCAGACCACCAGCGAAAUUCCUGUAUGAGAACUCAUUCUGGGUUCAAGGCUGGGGAAGCUUUUUGGGUAUCCCCGCACCACCAGAGGGUGGCAAUCUUAGUUCACAGACCACCCAAAGUACGGAGAGGGCUUACUGUACGAUGAAAUGUCUCCGUGGCACUGCCGACAAGGAACUUUUGGAUGAGAAAUGCCCCAACGUCGCCGAACACGGAGUGGGAAGGCAUUCAAUCAGCUCACAGGAGAUAACCGCUAGGCUGAGUGAUCAGCUUCAGCAAAGCCGGGAUGAAGGAUUUCGGCAGCUGCACAUCAUUGGUCGAACUUGCUACCUCCUAAAGGCAACAUUGUUGUCGCAUGGAUAUACAGUGAUAAUCAAGGCAACCAGUUCCGAUCAUUCGCACAGGAUCAAAUGUGAAUUACGCAACUAUAAGGAUCUGAUCCUGUUACAGGGAUCCAAGAUCCCCGUCUGCCUAGGCAUGUUCGAGCCAAAAGUUCCAUAUUGGUACCAUGGCACGCUAAUGCGCUACAUGCUAGUCCUCAGUUGGUCUGGUAUUCGGACAGACUACGAGCUGAGCCCGGAAGCGCGUCAUUUCGUAGACAGAGAGAUGUCGGUUCUUAAGCGCAUUCUUUUUGACCACGGAGCCAUUCAUCGAGACCUAGUACCUCGUAAUGUGCUAUACAACGCAGCCACUCGAUCCCUCAUCGUGAUUGAUUUGGAAGAUAUGAAAUGGUUGCAGGGCACUGUGCAGGGAUCCGAACCGUGCGAUGGGCCGGGGAUUGAUGCCAUCAGGGAUAACAAGAGGAAAACUAUCACCUGUCCAUCAGCCUAUUCUGAGCCGACGGUACCCAGUCCUCGCUUGUGGCACUCAUGA